CCCUCCCCAAAUACUCACAACAUCAAACUUCAAUCGUCUCGAGUCUCAACUAUUCGCAUUGCUCUCCUUACCCUUUUCCCAACUUCAAAAUUAUACUUUUGAAAACUACUACUAUCUGCAUUUUGAUCAGCAAUGGAGGCGGUAACAAAGAUGGCGUCCGAGAGACCAGUGGUAAUCUUCAGCAAGAGCUCGUGCUGCAUGUCUCACUCGAUCAAAACCCUGCUUUGUGACUUUGGGGUGAACCCAGCAGUGUAUGAGCUUGAUGAGAUGCAAAGAGGGAGAGAGAUAGAGCAAGCUCUCUCUAGGCUGGGAUGCAACCCUACUGUGCCUGCUGUGUUCAUUGGCGGUGAACUUGUGGGUGGAGCCAAUGAGGUCAUGAGUCUUCAUCUUAAGCGCUCCUUAAUCCCCAUGCUUAAGCGCGUCGGAGCAUUAUGGGUUUGAUUUAGCUAAUUAACUUACAUAACAGGAGCUUAAGAUUCCUAGUUAUGCAUGCUUGAUAUAUUACUAAACAAAAAGAAAUAUCGGAGUCGGAUUAUAUAAUAAAUAUAUAGCAUAUAUAGAGCAUGUAAGAGUUUUCAAUAAGGUUAUUAACUUAUGAUGUACUCUAGCUUUUUUGUAAUACGCUAUGUUUCUUGUUCUGGUUAUUAUAAUAAUAAAAUCUUACUUUCAUUAA